CUAGAAGAGAACUGGGCGAAAAUUUCAGCGAAAGCGUCCAGAGAGUGUGAGCUUCCUGACCUGAGUGCGGUUUGUAUAGGAAGUUUGUUGCCAAAGCGGCCCGACGUGCACGUAGAGGUGGGGAUUGUUUUGCACAGCUGCACCGACGGGGGUUGCUGAAGUUUAGUAGAAUUCAGAACCGCCUGCAGUUUCAUUUUUUUUUUUUUAGCAGAGAGCAGCAGCAUACCACGUCGUGCCACACGGGGAGGAAGAGAGAGAGAGAGAGAGAGAGAGAGAGAGAGAGAGAGGGCAGAAGUUUCCGCUGGUUUGUUUUGUCGCUGCUGCGCGGCUGGUAAAUUCCGCAGGAAUGUCGCAAAAGGAGAGACCUACUUUCUACCGACAGGAGCUCAACAAAAUCGUGUGGGAGGUCCCGGAGCGGUACCAGAGUUUGUCUCCCGUCGGCUCCGGUGCUUAUGGAUCCGUAUGCUCAUCGUAUGAUGAGAAGACAUGCCUGAAGAUAGCAGUGAAGAAGUUGUCCAGACCCUUCCAGUCCAUCAUCCAUGCAAAGAGAACGUACAGAGAGCUGCGGCUGCUCAAACACAUGAAGCACGAGAAUGUGAUUAGUCUAUUAGAUGUUUUUACUCCAGCGACCAGCUUAGAGGAGUUCAAUGACGUAUACCUGGUGACACAUCUAAUGGGUGCAGACCUCAACAACAUCGUCAAGUGUCAGAAGCUGACUGAUGACCAUGUCCAGUUCCUCAUCUACCAGAUCCUCAGAGGCUUAAAGUACAUCCAUUCUGCAGAUAUCAUCCACAGAGAUUUAAAGCCCAGUAAUCUGGCUGUGAAUGAAGACUGCGAACUCAAGAUCCUGGACUUCGGUUUGGCGCGGCACACAGAUGAUGAAAUGACGGGCUACGUGGCCACCCGGUGGUACAGAGCUCCAGAGAUCAUGCUCAACUGGAUGCACUACAACAUGACGGUGGAUAUCUGGUCGGUGGGCUGCAUCAUGGCAGAACUACUGACAGGACGGACGCUCUUCCCCGGCACAGACCACAUUGAUCAGUUGAAGCUUAUAAUGGUAAUCAUCGGAACCCCAGGCCCCGAGCUCAUGAUGAAAAUCUCCUCGGAGUCUGCAAGGAACUACAUUAACUCACUUCCCCACAUGCCAAAGAGGAACUUUGCUGAUGUGUUUAUUGGAGCCAACCCUCUCGCGGUGGACUUACUGGAAAAAAUGCUUGUGCUGGACACAGACAAGCGGAUCACAGCAUCUGAGGCUCUGGCCCACUCAUACUUUGCCCAGUACCACGAUCCAGACGACGAGCCAGAAGCUGAGCCUUACGACCAGAGCUUUGAAAGCCGCGAGCUGGAAAUUGAAGAAUGGAAGAGGUUAACAUACGAGGAGGUCCUCAGCUUUGUGGCGCCAUCAUUCGAUGGAGACGAGAUGGAGUCAUGAGGAGGAGGCGGCACCUUUUCUUCCAGCUUUUGUUUUCCAAGAAACCCUCUUUGAGGACUAUCAGUCUCAUGUGACUAUCCACCACUUUCCUCCUCACACACGCACACAUGACAUUCAAGUGCCUGUCACUAUUCAUCUCUGGGGGACGUUGCGAUUUCAGGGAGUAAACUUGACAUCCUGUUCCUUCCGUCCCCCUACUUUGGUGUUUUUGUUACUCUGCAUCCCCGCGCACUAAGGCAGACUAGCGAGUUUUUAUCUCAGACAUUUAUAGUCCAUAUCGAUCCCCUCUUUGGUUAAAGAUUGUUUUUAGAAAUGACAUGUCGGUAUGUUACGGCAAAUUGGAGACACUAGACUGGAUAUGUAUAUUUUAUAAAAGAAUGCUUCUUAGCAGUAAUUAUUGUAACUCUUAUAGGAAGCUUGCAAUGAAAAGUUUAAAAUUGCGGUGUGUCUAAGAUUUCUCUUUCCUCCAUAUCCUAAAUUGAAAAUGUUAUUUCUACCAAUGCAUAGAACUGUGUAAAUAUGAUCUACAGUAUUUGUACAUAUGUACUUCAGUCAAACCAGUUACAGUAAUUGUGUAGUAGUCAGAAGUGCUGAGUCAGCUCAGCCCACCCCUUUGACAGUAUGGAUUAUUUCACUAGAGUUUAGUUUAUAAUGGUAUUUAAAACAACACAGUAUGUCAUUUACUACAAGUAUGUAUAGGGUAGGAUAUGUCAAAUAUUCUACUCUAAAUGAAAAUGGCUUCAUGGUUCCAAUUGUUAGAUUAAAAGGCUUGGAGUGCAUAAAUCCGUUUAGGAAGUAUCAGGACUUUGCUUAUUUAUCAGUUUCUCCUCCUAGAAGCUCCUUGCCUUCCUUCCAUAUGAAUUCAUCUUUUAGCACUUCUGAUGUGUUGUUUUCAGAAGAAUGUUCCAGUCACCAUUGUCAGCAUAUACAAUACCACUUACACAUGAUCAAGCCAGGUUUGGCUCAUCAGUUUAUUUAAGUGUAAUGUGUCCCACCACAACACCACCUGACAAUGUACUUUAAUCAUUUAUCAAAUUCAAUACUAUUAAUGUUUAUUGAAUGUUGGAGGCACCAGUUUGCCUCGUAUUUAUGAUCUUCUGUUAUGUUGUUUGUAUAUCGCUGUAAAAGAGAAUAUUAUUUGUCAGAAUUUUAGGUUCUUUUUUUAUUAUUUAUGGAGAGCUUACUGUAUCAUGCCACUGCAUCGUCAAUAAACAUCAGUCAAGCCGUGGUGACUGCAGUGACAGCUUUUGUAUCAGAGCCAACUCGUGUUAUUUACAUGCUGCAGACGAGCAUAGAGUUUAAAAUCUCUUUGAGAAAAGUUUGAAAGAAGUUAUCAACAAUUAUUUAUCUAGCUUGGUUCCCAUAGCCACUGCCCUCCAAAAGUAUCAUUCUUUCAAAUAUAGAUUCAGGAAAACAAAGCAAAAAAUAUGAAAAAUCUAUUUUUAAUUGAUAUACAAACCACUGAAGUUGAGUACAACAUCUAUUAUCUUCUCUGUAAGAUCCAUUAUAUGAGUAAGGUUACAUCCACAUGAGACAAAUGGGCUCACAGUCCCUCUUUGCUUUUAUCAUCGCAACAGUAAGAAGUGUCUUCGAUAUUUCAUUUGCAUCUGCUUGUUUUCAUGUAGUGCUUUUUCUAAUGUAUUAUUUUCUUGUGUGUUAAAUCAAGAUUUGAUGUUAUUCUGUGAUUCUGUACUAUCGAUUGUUUUGGAACUAUAUGUGUCAUGCAUUUGAAUGAUUUAGCAGGGCACAUGUUUGUGGGAAAGACUCUUCGUUUACUCACUGGAUGCUGAAGGGCGAAGCUGAAGCCUGACUCUGUGUAGUUUUUAAAACGACUGCAUACAUUACAUUAUUUAUCUUGUCCGUAUCCCAGAGUCCGUAGUUAAUUUUGGUGAUGCUUUCUUUGCCUGAGAUAUGUUCUUAUCUUUUUACAAUGUUAUUUACUACAUGUACCGAGGCAGCACGCCACCUGUAAAUACCACCAUUAGAAAAUAAAGGCUACUAUUUUUCAAACGGAAA